CGCCAAACCCACCAAAGCAUUCCAUCAUAUUUUCACAAAACUAUUUAUUUGAAAGAGAGCCUUUUUUGUUAUUUCUUGGAUUUAUUUGUUUGAUCGGAGUAAUUUUCCGGUUGAAUCAAACAAUGAAUUCCGGUGGUGAGACUGUGGUUAAGCGUGCCAAGUACAAAAUUGCUAAGGCUCCCGGAAACUCUGGAAUUUUGAAGAUGAAUGCGGAAGAGUUUGCAUUUUCUCCCAAUGAUCCCACUUCUGGACCCAGGCUUCGAGUUCGUUUUAAUACCAUUGGAGCACACAGAGUCACCAAAGACGGAUCAAAAACUGCAUUACUUAAUCUGCUAAAGAAGGGUGAAGGAUCAGAAGGAUAUAUAUUUGAAUUUGAGAACUUCAGCGAUAGAAAUAUAUGUCGGGAUUUCGUGACCAAUGCACUUGAGAGGUACUCAGAAGUUCCCAAAAAGGAUGCUGAAGGACCUGCUCAACUAAGUACAGAAGAAAUGGAGCGACGGAUAAAGCUUUUGCAGGAAGACAGUGAGCUGAUGAAACUACAUAAGCAGUUGGUUAUUGGUGGAAUUUUGACAGAGGAUGAGUUCUGGGCAACUAGAAAGAAAUUAUUAGAUGGAGGACGUAAAAGAACAUCUUCGACCCAGCGAGUGGGAUUUAAAAGUGCUAUGAUUUCCGACAUCAAACCUCUAACAGAUGGUCGGACAAAUAAAGUUACCUUUAACUUGACACCAGAAAUCAUUCAUCAGAUUUUUGCAGAGAAGCCAGCAGUUCAUCACGCUUUUCUGAAUUAUGUGCCGAAAAAGAUGUCAGAGAAAGACUUUUGGACUAAAUACUGCAGAGCAGAAUAUCUUCACAGCACCAAGAAUGCUGUAGCAGCUGCAGCAGAGGCUGCUGAAGAUGAGGAUCUUGCUGUUUUUCUAAAGCAGGAUUAUAUCCUAGCUGGUGAAGCUCGUAGUAAGAUAAGAAAGGUUGACCCGACGUUAGAUAUGGAAGCAGAUCAAGGAGACGAUUACACCCACCUUCCGGAUCAUGGAAACGCUCGAGAUGGAAACAAAGAAAUUGCUGAGUCCCAGACACAUUAUGAUCAAUACAAGAGAAAUCUGAUGCAAGAUCUCAAUCGACAUGCUGCUGUUGUCCUUGAGGGAAGGACUCUAGAUGUGGUGACCGGGGACACUCGGACUGUGGCAGAGGCACUUGCCAGGACAAAACAAGUAGAGUUGGCUAAUGAUACAUCCGAGAAGAACAAUAACCAGGAGCGAUUGAAUAGAGUUUGUAGAAUGACAGAAAUUGAGGAUCUGCAAGCAACUCGCGAACCCCCUGUGGCACCACUUUGCAUCAAGGACCCUAGAGAUUAUUUCUACUCACAACAAGCCAAUGCACUGAAAACUUUGGGAGACGCUGCAUUUGGAGCUGGAUAUGUAAAAUGCCAUGUUAGCAAGCAGGAAGCUUAUACUUGUCUGAGAGAGUCCAUUUCUGACAUCAAGUCUGUAGGACUUCAGACAUCCAUCAUUAAAGCUGAAGUUGCUUUUAAGGUUCUGAACAGUUUGACUCAUAAUAUAUCUAGUACGAAGUAUAAUCUCGGGAGAAAUAAUCAGGAAACUGUUCUGGAUAGAUUGCCCAGCAGGACAAGGGAUGAUUUGUUAAAUCACUGGACAUCUAUUCAGGAAUUGCUAAAGCACUUCUGGUCAUCAUAUCCAAUUAAUACAGAUCAUCUGUCUAUAAAGGUUGAUAGAUUGAAAGAUGCAAUGGCUGGGAUAUAUCCGAAGCUACAGGAAAUUAAGGAGUCUGUGCAGUCCGAUCUCAGACAUCAAGUCUCACUUCUGGUUCAGCCAAUGGUCCAGGCUUUGGACGCCGCAUUUGCACAUUAUGAUGCAAACUUGCAAAAGAGAAGAGCAAAGAGCGGAAAAAAUGGAUCCAUAUAAAGAUUUAUCUAUUCCUUACUGACCAUAGAAUUUAAUUUAUGUUUCAGUUUACUACAUUCUUUUCACUGUAAUCACAAGUUACAUUGUAACAAUUUUGUCGUCACAAUAAUAUGGUGUAGAUAUGCCUUUGAUUGUUCCUGUAAACUAAAAUUUUGGCUUGUGAAGUUCAGAGAAUACGUAGUAGCAAUUUUUGAGGUUUUCA